UGGGUUACCCUUUCCGGUGCAACACCGCUUUUCAGGUCAGGGCGUGUUGGUAUCUGAGCUGGCGCGGYGGGGACCAGGCCAAGCGGACUUCUCUCCCACUUUUCAGGCGGUCUGAUGUUUAGUCUAUAGAAAAUAUGGAUUUCGAGGCGUUGUUUGACGAAAACACCUUUCAGUUUUCGGACUUCCAGGAGUUCACGUUUCUUCCUGGACACCAAAAACUGACUGAGCGAGUAAGAAAAAGACUUUAUUAUGGCCUGGACCCAGAUGUCUCUUUAGAUGGCCUCUCUUGCCCUGUUACAGACAUUGCUGUCGAAAUCCUCCAGAAGUCUGCCCCAAGCCCAAUACGAAAACUGCAGAAGAAGUAUGCCGCACAUGUUGCGAGGGAGGCUUGCAUCUCUCCGUGUGCCAUGAUGCUGGCUUUGGUCUACGUAGAAAGGCUCCGACACAGAAACCCAGAUUACCUGCAAAAAAUCUCCUCGUCUGACCUCUUCCUGAUCUCGAUGAUGGUUGCCAGCAAGUAYCUGUACGAUGAAGGUGAGGAAGAAGAGGUUUUCAAUGACGAGUGGGGAGCAGCUGGGAAACUGGAUGUGCAAACUGUCAACAACCUGGAGAUGAAUUUCUUGAACGCCCUUGAGUGGAGCCUCUUCACGGAGCCUAAAGACUUCUUUGACAUACUGAGCCUGCUGGAAACCAGCAUUGCGGAACGACAGGGGAUGAAACGAGGGUGGUUCACGUAUACUGACCUGUGUGUGCUGCUGGAGCAGUCCUCAUGGAGUCAAGCCCUAACGGCCAUCUAUCAGCACUUUACAAAGGUUUCCUGUAUGUUUGGCCUGGUCUAUCUGACCAGUGUAGCUGGCCUCAUCGCUACCAGUGCAGUGCUGCACCAGCUCAGCCUCUCCAGGAGCCACCAGUCCCUGACUCUUCCUUCAGACAAGACCGGUUUACCCCACAUCCAGACUUCCGAUCCCAGCCCAGAAGCCCCUGCCGCAGCCCACCACCUACACUGUUGUGUUCUGGCCAAUAAGAGUCUGAACCGUCAGACUGGUUCACUGGAAAGUGGCCAACGACACAAACAGAAUCCCACAUCAGAGUCUGCGCAGACGUCUCUUCUGUCUUCCCUUUUUGCCUCAGGGGGUCGCAGAAAUCCUGAAAUGGAAACUCCUCGAUCCUGGUCUUCUUCCUCCAUCGUCUGCCCCGACUGUCUCGCAGCCCCGUCUCCUGUUCAGUGCAGGCAUCGAAACGCCUCAGCACUCCCCGGUUACGACCCCCUCAACAGCCGUCUUAACUCUCCACUGCCCUCCAACCCUUUUGGAGCUGCAGAACUGAGUCUGGACUCUUCCUUUGGACUGUUCCCAACUAUAAAUUUGCGCCCUUGUCGCCCAGACUUUCUGCUUCCUACAAACAAAUACCAAGCUCUGCUAAUGCCCGGCUAGUAACCUGACGUUUUCCAGUCUGGAUACUGAACCGGCAUCGUUUUCAUGACUCAUAACUUCCUCAGGUCAUGUUUCUGUGGGCUUUCUCCAGGCAGGUGCAGAGAAGGUGUAGUUCUGUGAUGCAAGAUAAGUCAAACGCAACUGAGAUUAUUACAUUUUAUUUUGACUCCAAAUAACUCUUUCGUAUACAGAGAUUAUAAAAUUAUCCUUAUUGUCAUAAAAAACUAUCAUCACUCACAUUUAUCAGUUUCAGUCUGUUAUACAAGGACGAGCGUCUUUUCUGCUGAAUUUAUUUUAAGUGUUAAAGCAGCGACAAUAUUAAAGCUGGUAGCUGUUUGGCAGGUUGAAUGUGUGUGUUAAGCAUGGUCACAGAGAGCGUUUUUUUCCUCUAGGAAUCUGGGUUUAUAAGAUGGAGGAAAUAAACUAGUUUAUCUACAAAGUUUUCAGGUUAUCCAUACUUUAUAGUGUUUAUUCAGUUUGAGAUUUUCUGUCAAUUUUUUUGGUCAAACAUGCUGCAAAAGCAUUGAUGUUUUAUUUACUUUUUCUUUUUUGGGGGGCAAAACUUGACCUUGAUAGUUGCAAUUAAAGUGUCAGGAAAUAUAUGAUUUUCAUGGUGCAGUUGCUAUUUGUUUCACAGAAAUUAAGCAAAUUCUGUAAUCAAAGCAUUUGUUUGAAUUGUCGGUGUUAAGUGUUACAUAAUCCUCAACGUUCAAGGUCUGUUUAAGUCUCUGCUCUUUCUGAUUCUGUUUGUAAGCUAACCAUCGUGUUCUUUAUAGUUUCCAUCAGGAAUUUGCACCCUUUGCUCCUUUUACAUCACAUUACACCUCUAUUGAUUUGUCUCAAUUUAUGCAAAACGACACAGACGAAGGGAAUACAUUUGUUUUAACAUGAGACGUCAAGCAAACAACUCCUAAGUAUUUGUAUUUGAUAAACUUUGGAGCUCAAAGAUCUUUAAUUUUGUACAUGGUGUAAAAUGUGUAGAAAAACAAUAAAAAAAAGCUUUUUUGGUCAA